UGAAAUAUCUGCUUCGUGCCCCGCGUGCCUGUCCUGUCACACUGUUUACGGAGCUUGGAGCGUAUGCGAAAUCAACGGCUAACGGUUUUCGCCCUAAAAAUUUUAAACGCUAACGAAAUAGCAUACGUACACUCUUAUCAUCCUGUUCGUGACAGAUGCCCGAGCGUCAUCGCGGUGAGACUGCGUGAGCGCGAUGCCCCGUGAGACCGACACCGCCGUCGUAUCGAACGCGUCGUGGUGAUCCAGUUUUAGGACAUGUGUCUCGCGGACACUACGCUCGGUGAAGUAGUCGAUAUUCGUCGAUAACGGUCGUACUUCGAACCAAGGAUGGCCAGCCGGGAUCCGUCGGUCUCCUCCAAAAUCACGGACGACCACAGCGUCGAGACAUUGGCAGAAGUUUUCCGAUGUUUCAUUUGUAUGGAAAAGCUGAGAGAUGCUCAUCUCUGUCCUCAUUGCAGCAAAUUGUGUUGUUACACUUGUAUCAGAAGAUGGCUCACUGAGCAGCGCUCUCAGUGCCCUCACUGUCGAGCUUCUCUCCAUUUACAUGAACUAGUAAAUUGUCGUUGGGUUGAGGAAGUAACACAGCAGCUUGAUACGUUGCAAGCUGUUUGUAUAUCUAAUUUUCGACACGAUGAUUCUAGCAGGGACAGAUGUGCAGCUCAUCAGGAGAAGUUAUCUGUAUACUGCUGGACCUGCCGCAAAUGUAUUUGUCAUCAGUGUGCCCUUUGGGGAGGCACCCACUCGGGCCACACCUUUAAACCUUUAGAAGAUGUUUAUGAGCAACAUGUUACUCAAAUAAAAGCAGAAGUAGGUCAGUUAAAUAGACGACUUAUGGAACUAAUCAGUCUUGUUCAAGAAGUGGAAAGAAAUGUUGAAUCAGUGAGAGCGGCGAAGGACGAAAGAGUCAGAGAGAUCAGAAACGCGAUAGAAUUAAUGAUAGCUCGUCUGGAUUCUCAGUUGAAAGCCAAGCUGCUGACUCUGAUGGGUCAGAAGAAUUCGUUGACUUUAGAAACUGAGCAGUUAGAGGCUUUGUUACAAGAUGUGGAAUAUCAGCUGCACACAUGUACGCGCUCUGAAUUGAUUGUUAAAAGCGCUGAACUUUCUCGUAAGAUACAUCAAGUUCGCAAAAAACCAAUGACAAGUUUUGUCACUGCGCCAGUACCUGCUGACUUUCACAGUGAAAUUGUACCGGGCUAUGAUAGCGCAACAUUUGCUAUGCAAAACUUUACUCAGCUUCAGCUGAAAGCUGACCCGGUGUAUUCCGCGCCAUUGCAUGUGAAUGGACUGUGCUGGCGGUUGAAAGUAUAUCCGGAUGGUAAUGGAGUCGUACGCGGAAAUUAUUUGUCGGUAUUUUUAGAGCUUAGCGCUGGAUUACCAGAGACUUCAAAAUAUGAAUAUAGAGUUGAAAUGAUCCAUCAAGGCUCUCGUGAUACGAGUAAAAACAUUGUUCGCGAGUUUGCGUCCGAUUUUGAGAUUGGCGAAUGUUGGGGAUAUAAUAGAUUCUUUCGAUUAGACUUACUCGCAACGGAAGGUUACUUAAAUACAGAAUUGGAUACCCUUAUAUUGAGAUUCCAAGUACGACCACCGACAUUUUAUCAACGGUGCAGGGACCAGCAGUGGUAUAUUAGCCAACUAUUGACAGUCCAAAAUCAAUACAUCACUCAGAUUAACGAAUUGAAGGAGAGAUUAGCGAUAGAAAUUUCUCGUAAUGCCAUGACAGCUACCAGAGCUACUAGUGGGACUACAAUAUGCGGAGCAACUAUCAAUGCAUCGCCUUUAUCUACGCAACAACAACAACAGGAUGCAGGCGAUCCAAUGACUAAUUCAAACACUACACGAACAAUUGACGCAUAUCCCACUACGAAUGGAACACCAGUGGGAUCUAUACCGAGUACGCUUCCUAGCAAUAAUGGCAACUCGACGUUAGCAAGCGAUCAAUUGAUGCCGAUGUGCGAGCUAGGCGAGCUUACAGGUUUACAUAGCCUCAGCUCUACGUCGACUUUAUCAUCGAAGACAUUGAAGACGCACCGUACCAACAGUAAUCUGAACAUUAUUGAAACCGAGAGUACUUCACCUCGUCGCGCCAACGACAUGUCGCUCGGAGAAUGUCAAGGCACAGGAAUGCAUUUAGCUUCCUCAUCGUCGCCUUAUUCGUCACCCAAUGUACUCGCUCAACAGCCGCUGAAUCUAUUAUCUAAUAAUAGUGCCAGUGAUCCUUUGAUGUCUACAUUGACAUUAUCAUCGAUGACGAGCAACGCGCAUCGAGUCAAUGGCUCGAACGUUGCGGAAGGCGAAGCCGCGCAACGUUGCACCAAUGAUGCGUCGCCAGGAGAGUGCCAGGCCAACACUGGUGUCCAUUCCCCAUCAUUUUACUUGUCCCCAACGUUGCAUCUCUCAUCCAGUAGCAGCAGCAGCAGCGAUAGUGGCGAAUUAAGCGAACACGAUAUUUUUAUGGAUGAAUGCGAACACAAUGAGCCCAACAUCACGCUCUUGGAUUUGACAAAUGACGAAAAUGAUGUAGAUGAUGAGACAAUGUCAGGGGAGAACGAUGUUGAAGUUGCAGAAUCUCUUGCAUCAUGGGUUCAAAACAAGCAACGUACAAAGCAACAAAAUAAUAGAGAUACUGUUACGGAUACCUGCAGAUUGAGGGAAAUAAUGCUGCUGCACUUGUUCGAGAUACAGGACAGAAAUUCAGCAUGGAAUUCUUUAUGUCUUGGACAACAAGUGGACGGGGGUUGCGAUUCUAGAACCUCGCUCGAACUCGCGAAUCUACGACGUCGUAGUUCCAGUCCGUUGCAUUGCAAUGUUCCAGCGCAAUCCACUGCGACUGCGGUGUACUCGCACAAGCAUCCUGAGCUCGACACUGCCGUUUGCAAUGAUUUAAAUUUAAGUACCGACAAUAAGGCUCAUCCUAAUUGCGUCUUUCAUCAUUCUCAACCACAAAUGGUUUGCGGUACUGCCAAAUUGAAUCGACAUUUGUCUAGCAUCUGUCAGUCAGAGCUAGCUGCUACACUGGGUUCCGGCAGCCAAAUAACUAGAUCUGAACCAGCGACGCGUUCCAAUUCAAUAGACUGCGAAAACGAUAUCCCGAAGCUGUCAGUAGCUAAUAAAAUCAGCCACGACGUGGAGUCGGCUAGAUUGCGUCUAGAUCUCAUGGUGCCAAACGUACUCUUAGACAGUAAUAAAAUUAUGUCGAAGCAUUUACUAUCUCGACGACAAUCGUCUCCGAGUUCAUCCACUAGUAUGAAUUUAAUAAAUGACAAUAGCAAGAUAUUUGAGUUUGAACAAUUAUUUGAAGGCAUUCAGUUGUCACCGAGCUCACAGAAAAAUGCUUGUGGUUCAUCAAGGAAAAACGGUUUGUCCGAGACAAAGAAUAAUACUUGCAGUGCCAGUGGAAGUUCCGUUGCAGUCUCAUUGGCGCAAGAGAAUACAUCAUCACCUACAAGCACUGCUAUAACAGUGAACGCUAUCCCUAGUCCUAAUAGUUACAGCUGGUCACCGGCAUUGUAUACACACGGUCAGAAAGCUGUUUUAGAUAUAGCUGUACAAGGUUCUUCAAAUAAUACUCUUAGUAAGACUAUUGAUAAGUCCACAGAGGAAGCUGCCAGUUUGCCGUAAUAAUUUAUUAUAACUAUAGCAGAAUGUUCUGUGAUUUCCAUUUCAUCAAAAUGUUAAUUAUAAUCGCGAAGUCGAGAGAGAAAAGAAGAAUUCUGUCAAAUAGGAUCUUGGGAUGAAACGCAUUUACAUUGUACAUUUGACUCUUCUCGUUUCUCGAAAAUCAACAAAAUAUCUCUAAGAUCUGUGUUAUGCAUUAUGUAGUACAAAACAUAUAUAAUAGCUCUAUUUUCAGCUGCAGUAUGCGGAAUUAUUAUCCGUAAAGUUGCAUUCCAAGAAAUGUGUAAACAGAGUUGAGCAAAACAGUAUUUUAAAUAUAAAAUACAAAAUAUUGACAAUUAGUAUUUGUAUUACAAAAUACUGGCAAUUUUUCGCUUUGAAAUAUAAAACACAAGCUUGUGUUUUGAAUCAAAAGAUUGCUAGUAUUUUGUAAUUUGAAUACUAAUUGUUAAUAUUUUGUAUUUUGUAUUUGAAAUACUUUUUGCCUAGCCCUGUGUGUAGGCUAGAUUCAUUAGAAUAUAUUAUUUAAUAUUAUUUAUUUCUCACAUGUGUGAGUUAUACGUCCAGAGAGUAAAAUAAAUAAAAAUUAGUAAUAAAUUAUA